AUGUUUAAUUUAAAAUCAUCUUUAAUUAUUCUUUGUGCAAUUGUAGCAAUAGGACAAUCACAACUCACACCCGCAGUUUGGAGCAAUGCCUACAAUACUCUCAUUAUGAGUUAUACUGCCUAUUGUCCACUAACAACUAUCCAGAAUUGGAAUUGCAAUAGUUAUAUUUGUAAUCCAAAUACGGGUAAUUUCUUCCAAGGAUUCCAAGUUCUCAAUGCUCAAGUUAAUAGUAUUCAAGAGACCACUUCUACAGGUUGGGCUGAUAUUCUUCAUUAUGUCGCUGUUAAAGAUAAUAAUUAUUACCUUACUUUCCGUGGUUCUAAUAAUACCUAUAACUGGUAUUAUGAUGCUCUAUCCAUUUUUAUUGAGGCCGACUACUCUAUAAAUGUACCAAAUUCUAAAGUAUCUCUUGGAUUCUUUGAUGCUUGGAACGACCUUCAACCAGCUGUUAUCAACUCUUUAUAUCUUCUUUUGAAUACCGAUUGCUCCAGUAAUCCAUGUAAUCUUCAAAUUUCUGGACACAGUCUUGGAGGUGCUAUCGCUAAUACUUACCCAGGUCUCCAUGUUACUGUAAAUACAUAUGGAUCGCCACGUGUUGGAAAUGCAGAGUUUGCCAAUUACUACGACAGUAGAGUUCCAAAUACUCUUCGUUUUGUCAACUUUGAGGAUGUAAUUCCACAUGUGCCAUUCGAAGGCGAUUUUUUCACCCAUUACCAACAUGUAAACGAGGAAGUUUGGGUCGACGUAACUGUGGCUGAAGGUCAAUUUACAGUUCCACCAUCUAACAGUAUUUACAAAGUCUGUCCGACAACUGAAGAUCCGUCCUGUAGUGAUUCAUGUUCAUUCUUUGAAGGCUCUUACUGUUAUUUAGACACAUGGCAGCCGUUCCUUUAUCAUCAAAGAUAUUUUGGAUUCAACUUGGAAACCUUCUGUAACCAUUGGGACUCUGUCAUUGUCACACCAGAGCCAACUCAAACACCCAAUCCAUUGGCCUACCCAAUCAUCACUCAAACUAUCACCUCUCAGUGGAACAACGGUCAAGGAGUCAACUACACAACCGUCGUUGGAAGAUUGAACAACAACAGUACUCAAGAUAUUGUUGAUCCAGUAUUUGUCACCACACCCAAUAUUCUUCCAAUUGGUAUCUUUGGAAUGAAAACAACCACUGUCAAUGGAACUAUCAAUUGGAGAAUCUCACCAGCUGGAAGUUACGCAACAACAAUGCUCCAUAAUUCCUUCAUUGAUUUCUCAUAUACAAUCAAUUCCAAUCAGAUGUUGUCUUUUACUAGAAUUAAAUAA